AUGGCUUCUCGUUUGCAAUGCAUUAUGCAUGUUUAUCUGAAUUCUGUCAAAGUCCUAUGGUUCUUUGUUUAGCUUAUGAAGAAUUUCAUGUGUAUUGAAAAGCUAUGUUAUACUGAUUUCAUAUGUUGAAAAUGAGAUACCAUCCUUUGGAAUUUUCAGCUACAGAAUUUACAAAAUGGCAGAAGAUCUUUCUGGUUUCAACCAUUCUUCAAUUCUUAAUUUCUUACUAAUUUGUCAGUUUCAUUUUAUUGGUUUAUCACUCUGUAGUUCUUGCUAGGUGGAUUGACUAAUUUCUUCUUUUUCCUUAAAUGAUUUUGGGUAAUUUUGUAGAUAUGUAUACCAGAACCAGUAUAUCUUAUACUAUUAUGUAUAACCUUAAGCUGUUUUCUGAAGUGUAUCCAAGAGUGAAAGUGAGAGUCCCAGAGCAAAAAGACUUUGUUUAUCCUCAAAAUGAUAGUGGAACUUGGAUGAUCUUGAAGUACAUUGAGUCCCUUAACUACAAAGAAGAGAAGAAUCAGAGCAACUGUUCACAAUCAAUUUCAAAAGACACCAAGUCUUGUCCUCAAUAUAGACCAAUCAGAUCCACUCCUUCAACUAAAGGAAUAUUGAAGAGUAGCAAACGAGUUGGUGAGAGUCCAAAGCAAAAUGCGAGAGCUAGUUCUGUUAUGCGUCCACGUGCAGUUUUAUCUAGUCCAGAUAAUGAUGAAUUAGUCGGAAUUAUGAAUGACUUGAACAACAAUGUAUCCUCAACUCAGAGAAAGAAAGACACAAGAGGGAAGAUCGAAUCUCCAGCUAAGGAUUUGUGUAACAAUGUCAAGCUAGGAAAAACUAAGGUUUCAAAGGAAACAAUCCUGUAAAAACUAAGUGCACAUUUGAUUCCAAUCAUAAAAGAGGUCAUACUACUUGAAAGAAGAGGCAUCAAAACUUUGUUGGAAUUUGAUUCAUGUAGUCUGUUAGGAUUAAUUAUAUUAGUU